AGAGGGGUGUGUAUGUGUAUAUGUGUUUGUGUGUGUGAUGCACGAACAGGGAAGGCAUCACUGUGUUGUUUCCCUCCUGUUUCCACUCUACUGAUUGUUUUUUUUUUUUACACGGAGAAUGAGAGCGGCGCAGAGCGCGCACACGGCGGCGCAGAGAAGAUGAACGGUGCGCUCUACAUCUCGUUCUUCCAGGGGCAGCUGGAGUCGGCGCUGGAGCAGGUCGUGCAGCUCGCCGUGACUGAGAUCACAGGCACGGUCGGGGCCAGCCUCAGCGCCAUGCUGCUGGAGACCGCCCGGAAGGAGCAGGAGAACCAGCGGCUCCGAGCCUCCAUCCAGUCCCCGCGGCGCCUGGACACCGAGCCUCAGCGAGCUGCCCCCAGGCCCGGGUCUUCUUCCCCCGUCCCUCAGUCACCCGGCUCCCACCCCGACUCUCUUCGGCAGGAGCAGAAGAGACGGGCCGUUGGUCAGUUAAAGGUAGUGAUGGAGCGUGUGCUGGAAUUCGCCAAGUGUGAACUGAGUAAGAUCGUAGAGGACAGCUUCGACGAUGUUCUUUUGGAACUCAGGAAGACGGAGCGGGAGAACGAGGAGCUCAGGGAAAAGCUCCGUGGCAGACUGGUGGAGAACCAACCGGGAGAUGCUGAGAAGAACGAGCCUCCGGGGGACGUCGUGGGAUCUCCUAAAAGUACUGAUUUAGUGAAGGAUGUUGAGGAGAAAGCGGACAAGGACGAACAGGGAAUGGAGCAGAUGCAGAGCGCUGAUGCAGACUCUGCCUGUCCCGCCGUUAUCAGCGUGUCUCAUGACUGGGUCCCGGUGCUGGAUCAGGUGUUCGGGCAGAAAUGGUGUGCCGACAUUUGGCUCGAUAAAGAACCUGAACACGUUAAAGUGGACCGGCCACAUUUGCCUUCUGGAGAACCAGUCAGGAAAGACUCAGCACCAGAAAGGAAGGACGACAGCCAGUUAGAUCAGCCGCAGUGGCUGCAGGACGCUGAGGCCCUGACUGUGACCUUUAACCCACAGCAGACCUCGGAGACGAGUUCAACAGGAGACGAUGUUCCGUUAAAAUCUCCCUCGAUGCUCCACCGUCUCCUCACGCUCCCGACACAGCUGUUAGACGGCGACGAUGAGUCGAUGGAGUCAGAGGAGAGUCUGCUGAAUGCAAUCACCUCGCUGCAGAGUGCCCAGACACCUCUUCAAGGUGACCCCGCCAGAGCGGACGACCCCGACACUGGCGAAGACCUCGAGGACCAGGAGGACGAUGACGGCCAGGAGGAAGGAUCCAAGCCGAGGUCCUGCAAAAGUGGGAGGAAGAACCACGUGUGUAAGACCUGUGGCAGGAAGUUCAGUCGAGCUCACCUGCUAAAAUCGCACCGGCUCACGCACAGGGAGGCUCGCUCGCCGUUCUCCAAACUUCACACCCCAGCAAGCACCGAUUCAGAGAAGAACACCUGAGAGAAGUGCAGCUUGGCGCGUUUGCAAGGAGAUUACGGAAGUUUCACAAGGCAGGCGUGUGUGUCGGUGUAAAUCCGUCACGUUUCCAUCAUUUUAUCGUGACAUUACCUGAAGACUCAACGAUAACAUCGUACUGCGUGGUGAAUAUUGUGAUUAAUUGUUACUAAUGAUUAUCAGCACACACCUAACAUUAUAAAUCCAGAGUGUGAAGGUACUUAAGGCAAUGCAAGGAAUAUUUCAUUCUCCACUUCAUGAUUCAUGAGUGUGUGUGUGUUCUGUACAAGCUUUGUUCCAGGUAAAGAAGUUCUAUUUUGCUCUGUUUUAACCAGUUAAAUAUAUUACAGAAGACCCAGAGAGAGUUUGUUGUUAGUGUUGUAAAAAAAGUCUCUGGUUGUGUUUCCAUCCACACACACCCAAACACACACAGGCACAUGGGCUCGUCCAUCCCAGAUGUAACCGUAAUGCGGUUUACGACGCAGCCUCAGAGAUUUUCAACCCUAGAGAGACGACACUUCCACUCGCGCAGGAUCACUCUUCUUUACGUUCAGGUUAUGAUGAGACAAUCGCUUGUGUGGCGUGUACCUGCUGGGGGAUUUGAUCACACGACAUGCUCAAGCCCCCAUAACCCCCCGCCCCCCACUUUCACAAUAGAACAGGGCUCUCGAUUGACAUCUCAUACAGAGCUUUUACCCUAGCAUGUCACGUCACACGGAAUGUUCUGGAAUUUGUUCUGGAUCUCACUCAGUUGGAUGGAAACACAUACCUGAGGUGAGGAAGUCAUGUGACAGGAAGACCUGUUUCACUUCCUGUUUUGUUUGUUUGUUUGUUUUUUGUUAAUCUAAUGGAUGGAGAGACACGAUGACUCACAAACAUUUGAACUGUAAAUAAAUAAAUAAACUCCACAGUCUUCGUUUUUUACAGAAAUACCUCUUCGGACAGCGCGACUGGCUUUGUCUGAGCGUUUAAUCGGAUUUAAACGACGCAAAAUGAAGAUCGUUUGGAUUUCUGCCUCGUGACACACAAGCUGCAUAAACUCCAACUCCCGUUAUAAAUCCCUCAUGCAUGUGGAGGUUUAUGCAACGUUAUGCUCCAUCGUUCCAUCUUCAGGAGCUUUAAAGAAAAAAAAAACACUCAUAAAUGUUAAGAUUUGCUUGCUGUGGACUGCUGCAGAUACCUCGUGCACUGGCGUCUUGUCUUCCUGUUCUCACCGUGCUUCAUCUCUGUAGCCAUGUGACCAUGACAACUCCUCCAGUCUGUAAGCAUUCAUCACGGGUUUUAUCAUCGUUACUAUUACUAUAAUUUUUUGGUUCUUUUAUUUUAGUAUUUUAACACAUAGAGCUUUAGAGCUAACACAACUAGCUACUUAGCUAUAGAUAAAGCAUUAGCAAGAUCAGCGUAACCACAGGAACAACAAAUACGACUGUUAGAUGGAGAAGCAAGCGUGUGCUCGAGUCAGGUCUGUUAGAUGCAAAGCUGCCUAUCGAACAACGGAAUAAACUUCCAAGUCCAAUAAUAAUAAUAAUAUGUUUUUUUUAAACAUUGCAAUAUAUUGUAUUGAGCAUGUUAAUUAAUAAGCAACCGCUCCAGUAAUAAUCAGACAUUUCCUGAUUAAUGAAGAAUCACAGUUAAAACCAAGAUCAGAUAUCAGUCUGAUAGAAAGUUUAGAAAAGCAAAUAACUAUAAUUAAGAAUAUCUAAUUUGUCUAAGAACGGCUCUCGGGCGUGGACCUGUACAUCCUAAUGUGCUGGAUGAUGUCAUAGGUUUAUUAUGUUGCCGCUCUCCACACAAUACAGAUCGUACACACCUUUCUGACCUUUUUAAUUUUUAUAAAUUCAGGUUUUGAACGUACAAAAAUGAACACCAGCUGAUGACUGAUUUAUCACUACUUGCUACCCGAAAGAUAUUAUGAUGAUGCCUUGGUGCCUAUUAGAUUAAAAUUGCGUUUCUACGAGCGUCACGUUUUUAUAAAUAUCCAGAUUCGUUAUUAUAUUUUCCCUGAUUUUGUUACAAUUUAAAACCUUUACCAAAUUUUAAUAGUGACUUAAUAAAAAGUAAUUAAAUGUAACCUGUUCCUUAUAACAUUUGUGUUCUUACUUAAAAACCAAGGACAGCAUUUAAACAAUACAAACUAACUUCAAAUACAAGAGUUUAAUAUUUAACUAAGCAGCGCAUAUCUGUCAUCCAUCAUAAUUAAUUAUAUAUUUU